AUGUCGAAACGCCAGAUGCCCAUGGCCUCGGGGCCACAAAAGCGAAUGCGGGACGACGGGACAGCAACGCCCAGUGGAAAUCAAGCAGGCAGUGGUGGAGGCAGCAGUGGAUUAAGUGGCAUCGAUCCUGACCAACUCACCGAUGUCUUGUUGUCAGCUGGUGUAGAUUUGCAAGAGGAGACAUCACACCUCAGCAACAGUCUCAACAACGACGGGUCUGCCGCCGGAGGCGCACCAGCUCAACCAGUUGUUGACGUAAACAAUCUUUUUUUGGACUAUACAAACCUCAGCCGGCUGGUAGAACGCACCGCCAAAGAACAAGGACUGCGACCCUUGCUCGACUCAGAGAACCCCGAAGUGGCUGGCUUGUUAUCUGCGGCUUGUGAAGAGUGGAUCGCGGAGGUUUUGACUACCACCGCACUGUAUUCACGGCACCGUAGACUUUCUCAAAACGACCAAACCAGUACGGUUGGACGCGCGUUGCGUCAGCUGGUUCACCAAGACAAAGAAGCAGAGCAGCGGCACCAGCAGCAAAAGAUAUCAAUGGGAAUUGGAUCUUCAGGAGACUCGAAAUCGAAAGAGUCGGAGGAAACUAUGCACAGGGCGGCCAAUGAUACCGCAUUAAUGAUGACAGCUAGUAAGAAGAGAUACUCGUGGCUAUCUGGAGGCUCCGCGGGAGCUGCUCAUGCGGCGCCUGCCCCGCGCACUAGAGAGUCCGAAACCACGCGAUUCAAGGAAGUCAAAGAAGAACAGGCUAUUGUACUACGCGAUCUACUGGCCGCUUUGGAAGAGAAGCACAUGGGCGUCAAAAAGAUACUCAUCAAAGGCUACGCUCGUGCUCGUGAUUGA